CGUCAGACCGGAAGUGCUGCGCUAGCGGAGCCUCCGCGCCCCCGAAAGCGGCACCGGCCCCGCCCCCCCCCCACACCGGGACCCCCCCCUCACACCGGGACCCCUCUCGACCCCUCCUCAGGGACCCCCGGCAGGGCCAGAAAACCCCCGGAUACCCCCCGGGGCUGAGCCGGCAGCAGCGCCACGUCCGCACUGGAAGUGAACGGGAACUGGGAAUGAACUGGGGGGGACUGGGACUGGCUGGGGGCAACUGGGAGCACUGGGAAGAGUCCCUGUAGACCCCUGGGGGGGAGGAUGUGAAAGCGGGACCCCCUGAACGCCCCCAGAACCCCCCGGGACUCCCCCGCGAUGCGGCUGCGGCUCAGGAACGUUUUCCUCGUUUAUUUCGUCGUGUCGCUCGUGGGGCUCUUCUGCGCCCUGCGGGAGCUCGGCCGGCCCUGUCCCUGCCCCCCCCCCGAGCCCGAGCGGCGCCGGGGCCGCUCCGGGGGGGUCUCAGGGGGGGAGGGGCUGCCCCCGAUCUACGUGGUGACCCCGACCUACGCCAGGCCGGUGCAGAAGGCGGAGCUGGUGCGCCUGUCCCAGACCCUGCUCCACGUCCCCGCCCUGCACUGGGUGGUGGUGGAGGACGCCGCCUCCCCCUCGGCGCUGGUGGGGGGGGUCCUGGCGGCCUCGGGGGUCUCCUUCACCCACCUGAGCGCCGAGACCCCCCCUGAGCUGCGGGGGGGCCCCGGGGCCCCGUCCUGGCUGUUCCCGCGCGGGGCCGAGCAGCGGAACCGGGCCCUGCGCUGGCUGCGGGACACGCGCCGCCCCGACGAGCCCGGCGUCGUUUACUUCGCCGACGAUGACAACACCUACAGCCUGCGGCUCUUCGAGGAGAUGCGCAGCACCCGUGGCGUGUCGGUCUGGCCCGUGGGGCUGGUGGGGGGCCUGCGGCUGGAGCGGCCGCUGGUGGCGGGGGGCCGCGUGGUCGGCUUCCACACGGGCUGGCGGCCGGAGCGGCCGUUCCCGCUGGACAUGGCCGGCUUCGCCGUGGGGCUGCGCCUGCUGCUCGCCCACCCCCGCGCCCGCUUCGACCCCCGCGCCGAGAGGGGAUUCCUGGAGAGCUCCUUCCUGGGGGGGCUGGUGACCCCCGGGCAGCUGGAGCCACGGGCCGACAACUGCACCCAGGUGCUGGUGUGGCACACGCGCACCGAGAAGCCGAAGCUGCGCCAGGAGGAGCAGCUGCAGCGCCAGGGCCGGGGCUCUGACCCCGACAUCGAGGUUUAGGGGGGCCCCAAACCCCCCCGGGACCCCCCAAAACCCCCCGGGGACCCCCCCGGGACCCCCCAGACCUUUAUUUAUCGCCAGGACCCCCCCGUUUUUUGGGGGACCCCCUCUGGUUCCCUUCUGUGCAAUAAACGCUCCCUCCCA